AUGAGCAAAAGAUCAGUCGGCUUAGAUGCUCAGGCAACUUUCAAAAGAUCAGAAACUCUAGCGAAGACCAUAGACAAUGAAUACACUAAUUAUUAUCCUUCGGCUAGAGUAGAAAGCAUAGACAUCAUUGAAGUUCCUGAUACCCCCGAAAGAAUUGAACAAUUUUUGACAGACUAUGUGACCGCUCGGAAACCUUGCAAAAUCAAUGGUGUGUUCGCAGGAAACGUGCCGUUGCAAAAGCUGGAUUCAAGGCAUAUAUCAUCCACUUUGCCAAGUCAUCAAGUUCUACAGGUAGAACGUAAGAUUGAUGGUGGCUUUGGAAGUGGUGAGAAGCGACUUAAAAUGUCAUUUGGAGAGUUCAUGUCGCGCUUGAAAAAGGGCGAGAGAGACCUGUAUUUGACAACACAGUAUGGGGCUGAGAAUACAGAGCACAAUCAGGUCGUAACACGACGCGAUGAAGAAGGCGAUGACGAAGAGGAACAAGAAGAAGAAGAAGAAGAAGAAGAAGAAGAAGAAGAAGGGUUUCAGAGGUUUGGCGACGAGUCAAUUUCAGAUGCAGGUUCUUUCCCGGCAGACGAUUUAAGAGAUGAUUUCGAUGACCUCGACUCCCAAGACGAAGAAGUGGUGGCUAACUUGAAGUCAGGUCCCCUUACAUCUUCGGAGGUUGAAGAACGAUUGAAAGAGCUUUAUCAACCUCCUAUGGAUAGCUUGAUCAACACUUUACCAGAAAGCCCCGCGUUUAUGAGUGCACUGAUACCGCAACAACUCAACCUCUGGGUUGGGGCAACAUCACAAAUAAAAAACAACGCUAACGAUGACUUUUUGUCUAAUUUUGAUGCCAAACUUCCUCGUCUAGGUCUAGGAAGAUUCGUACCCGGCGGCGGGUCUUCGUCAGGGCUACACCACGAUCACGCAGACAACCUUUACGUACCUGUUAGCGGACACAAGAGGUUUACAUUGUUCUCGCCCAAAGACGCCCACAAAAUGUAUACGGUUGGUUUGAUUCGGAAAGUAUACGCGUCUGGGGUCAUAGACUACGCGAGGUGCGAAAAGUCGCCUUUUUGGAGAACUUUACGUGACGAUGGUGCAAUACUGGGCGAAGUGGCCCGCCAGCAAUUAAACCACAAUCCCAAUUUGUCUGCGGAAGAGAAAGAAAGAUGGAGCAAGAUUAUACAGCAGGACGAAGAAUGCGUCGUCGAAGACUCAGACAACAAAUUUGACCCACCAUCGUUCUCCACAGUAAUCCCAACAGUAGUACACCUGGACAAGGUUGAGGAUCCGAGCAUACGACAGAAAAUUCAAGCAAAAGCACUUGAAGAAUGGCCAUUGUUUUUCGAAGCCAACCGCAUCGUGGUCGAUCUUAAACCUGGAGAAAUGCUAUACUUGCCCACAGGAUGGUUUCAUGAGGUCACAUCAUUUGGAGCCCCUGAUGCUAUGAGUGUUAAAGAUCAAAUUCACAUUGCGGUUAACUACUGGUUUAUACCGCCCAACGGAGUAGACACCCAAAAUCUAUAUCCUAACGAGGAUAACUACUGGCACACGGACUAUGAGCGUACUCGGACAGCUCUUGAAACUGCAAGACGGGAAUCGGGCAGAGUUGUAAAUGUGCAAGACUACGAAGAAUGA